AUGUCUUCUUCUCAUAUCUUGAUCAUUGGUGGAGGCAUUGGCGGUCUAACCGUAGCCCAGGGCCUAAGAAAGAAAGGCAUUCCAUUCACGCUUUUUGAGCGAGAUGCUUCUCCAGCUGCUCGCGCUCAAGGAUAUCGCCUCAGAAUCGCUGGUGGCGGUGCAGAAGCCAUUCAAGAAUGCAUCGACGAAAAGCUAUGGGCUCUUUUCGAGAAUACUUGUGCUGAGAGCAAGCCUAUGGGCUCGAGAUUCAGCGCUCUUGAUCUGCAGCCUUUGGAAGACCCUUUUCCUGGCGCCCAUCCAGGUGUCAGACCAGGUCAAGGGCCGCCGGAGAUGAAAGCAGGCUCCAGCAUUGGGGGUAUGCAGGCUCCUGAAGGUGGCUUCAAAUCAUAUGCAGUUGAUAGAACUAUAUUGAGAUCGCUACUACUUCUUGACCAGGAAGAAAAUAUCCAGUUUGGGAAGACCUUCACGCACUACGAAAUCACCCCAGGGGGUGUUACCGCGUUCUUCGACGAUGGCACCAGCAAACAAGGAACCUUCCUUAUCGGAGCCGAUGGGAUGUUCUCUCCUGUUAGAAAACAACUUCUACCGAACCUGCGAUAUGUGGAUACUGGUAGCCGGGUUAUAUUUGGCAAAACCCCCCUCAACCCAGAGAUCCUCGCUCGACUUGCGCCGGGGGCUUUGAGUGGUAUGUCUGUGAUUCGAGAGCCGAAUGUGUUGGCACUGUUCCUGGAAACUAUUCAAUUCCCAAAUGAUGCAGCAGUUGAAUCUGCCGGCAAACUCUCCCGUACAGAAGACUACAUAUAUUGGGCUCUUUGCGGCAACGCGACAGCUCUUGGAGGGUCCGAUUCGGAGUUCCAAUCUCUCUCAGCGGAAGCAGCUACGGAACUAACCUUGAAGGUUUCUGAACAUUGGCAUCCCUCUGUCAGAUGUCUAUUCGAGCUCCAGGAUGUUGCUCAAACCGCACCUCUUCGCCUGGCAUCUGCCAAGCCAGAACGCCCCGAGUGGAAUCCAUCUGCACGAGUGACCUUGAUCGGGGAUGCUAUUCAUGGGAUGAUGCCGUUGGGAGGUUCGGGGGCAAACUGUGCGCUGGUAGAUGCGGCAUUAUUGGUUCGUCUGAUUUCUGAGAAAGGGAUCUGUGAAGAGAUGGCUCGCAGUUAUAUUGACGAGAUGUGGUCAUAUGCCCUGCCCUUGAUUCAGCGCAGUGGGGCCGGCGCUCAAAAGAUUUUGGGAUUUAAAGGGUUUGAAAAUGCUACGGAAAUAUAA